CCAGAACAAUUUCAUCCCGAAUUUAUAUCUCUGCUUACUCUUGCUCAGUAUCUGAAAGUUGAUCUAUGGCCCAUUACGUGGGAUGAGGAGUUAGAUCAAAUAGGCGCUGGGGCCACCGGCGACGUCCGACAGUCUCUACCCUUAGUGGAUGUAGAAUCACAGUUUGCGUUCAAACGUUUCUCUGUGGAUCGUUCAACUCACCAGAACCGCGACUUGCCGCCGUCUUUUACUUCAUCAACAUUUCGAGACGAAACCACCCUCUUCAGGUCUUUACUUUCUGAGUUACUAAUACUCAGUCAGCCAGAGAUCAAACAACAUCCUCAUAUUGUCGAUAUUGGGGGCAUUGCAUUCGACAUUGAAAGCGUCGAUCAUAACCACUUUGAUGUAUGGCCAGUGCUUAUUAUUUUAAAAGCACGUUACGGAAGUCUCAGGAAUUUCAUGAGUAAAAGAGAGGUGAAUCUGUCGAGUAAAUUGGACUUCUGUGUCCAGUUGGGAAGCGCUCUGAUUACUAUGCACUCAAACAACAUCAUCCAUGGCGAUAUCAAGCCUGAUAACAUCUUGGUUUUUUGCAAUGACGACAAGAUAUGCUUGAAAGUUACAGAUUUCAGUUACUCCUGCUUGGGCAGGACAGAGGAUGACUUAGUAAAAUUGCCGAGUUCGGAGGCAUGGCAAGCGCCGGAGUAUCACGGCCGUGCGAUGAGAAUAGCAGACGCAAAGUUGAUGGAUCUGUAUUCCUUUGGCAUGGUUUGCCUAUGGAUACUAUUU